CAGCCACAGUUGUAUUUCGCGCGCAAUUGCAUGCAGUAGGAGUCAAGGACUAUCAGUAAUUUCUUACGGAAACGAUUAAGUAGAAAUGGCUGAAUUGAUGCUCAUCUUGAGAAUGUUCACCAUAAUGCUGAUCCUGGGUUUUUCGGAGGCAAGAAUGGAAAUUCUCUCAAACCAAGCAGACGUGCCUCUGGGUGAGAACCACGUGCUCCUCUGCAAAGCUGGUGGAGAAGGAAAAAUCUCCUGGAAGAAGGAUGGGGAGGAUCUUGACAAGGAUGGUGAAAAUCCCAGAAUCGAGGAAAUAGAUGAGACAUCAUCAAAACUAACAAUUGUGAAGGCCAAGAUUGAAGAUUCAGGACGCUACCUUUGCCUUUGUGAAUUUGAGACAGACCACAGAGAUGAAACUUUCAUUAUUCUCUUCGUCUAUGAGAAACCAGCCUUCAUUGAUAUAGAAACCUACCACGAGUUCCUGGAGGGUCAGGAUGCAGUCAUACCUUGCAACGUUACAGGCCAGCCGGCGGUGGAAGUAAAAUGGAAAAGGUACCAUCAGGAACUGCAACCUAACGAUCGUAUCAGAAUAACUGAAGAAAACUCUGUACAGAUCAAGAAUAUCAGCAGGGAGGAUCAAGGAACCUAUAUCUGCGAGGGGAAAAUCAAGCAACGUCCCAUUUCUAAAGAAACCGAAAUCUCCAUCGUUGUCAAUGUUUCUCCUAUAGUGAAGAUCCAUGAGGAAGUGAAGAAAGUUAAGGCCGGACCAGAGACCAACGUCUCCCUCAUCUGCCUGGUUGAGGGAGUUCCCAAACCAAAUAUCACCUGGAAAAUCCCAGACACAUCAGAUGAGUCCCGCUACAAAUACAAUUCAGAUAAGAGUGAGCUAACCAUCUUGUCCGUGGUCAGGCAUGACUAUGGACCGUACACCUGUGUGGCCAAGAGUAAGAUCGGAGAGAGCAGUGCCACGAUCAUGCUGGAUGUCUCAGAGCAUCCUCUAGCAGUGCUAAACCAGACAGAGAUGGAGGUGGAGUCUGGCCAGACAAUCUCAGUGUCCUGUAAUGUCUCAGGACACCCCAUGCCCACUCUGCAGUGGUUCAGGAAGACAACAAAUGGUUCGCUGCUAACAGUGGAUGCUGGUGAAGGUCGAAUGAGGCUGGAGGAUGACUAUGUCCUGGUCAUUGACGAUUUGACCCCCUCUGAUGGAGGCCUGUACACCUGCAUGGCUAUCAGUCCCGCUGGCAAUGCCUCUACCGACUUAGUUCUGAAAACUCGGCCAGGUAAAGUGUGCAAGGUCAGUGCCGCCCCAGGGCCCACGUCGGUCCAUUUUACCCUGGGGGCUCCCCUGGUGGAUGGGGGCUCUACAAUCACCAACUUUAUCCUCCAGUGGAGAUUAGAAAGUGAGCAACAUUGGCAGGACAGACUCAUCCAGCCCACAGACCCCCUGGUGAUCACAAGUUUGGUGCCCUACACCUCCUACUUGGUCCGCCUUGCCACUCAGAACGCAGUGGGUCCAGGAGAAUUCUCAGACCAGUUCACCAUUCGCACACAAGGCAUACAAGGGGAACCGGACAAGCCUGUCCUGGUGACCAGCGAGGGGAAGGUGGAUGGGAACAUGUUCUCCAUUCCUUUAACACAGAUGGACGAUGGAGGCUCUCCCAUCAUUAACUACAUUGUCCACUACAGAAAUAUGGUGGAUGAGGACUGGAGGAUGAAGAAGCUGCCAUCCAACUUGACCACGAUCAACCUCCAUGACCUGCAGUAUAAUUCAGAGUACCAAAUGGAGGUCCAAGCUGUCAACCUUAAUGGCUCCUCCAGCCCUGUCAAGUUGAACUUCAAAGUCCCACAGCCCGUCCCUGCAGAAAGGGUGAGUAAGAGUGGGAUAGGGAAGGGGGCUGUGGUAGGCAUUGUCGUGUUCAUCUUCUUCAUCCUCCUGCUUGCCGUGGAUGUCACCUGUUGCUACACCAACCGCUGCGGCAUGCUGAUGUUCUUGGCAGUCAAGUUGUUUGGUCAGAAGGUCCCUGGGAGGAAGACUGUAGAAGAGGGACACGGCACGUCUAAUGGAGAUUUGAAGUUGAAUGGGAUAGACAUCCUGAGGAAUAGCAUCCCAAACCUUCAGACACAAAACGAGACAAAGAACAAGUUGCAGGCCGAGGUCACUUGCGACCAAGCGCCCCUCACCAAAUUUGAGAAAACACCCCACAAUGGAGAUCCAGACAUAGAGGCCUGAGUUACUGAUCAGAAGGUGACAUCAUAGUAUUGGAAGAAUGGAUCUAUUUUUUGCUAGACAUAAGCUACAUAAAGUAGUUUGAAAUAAAGCCAAAGUAGUGAUGACAAAAGUAUUGUUGUCAAGUGUCAAUGUUGAGAAAGAAUUGUGAUAAGCAAAGUAUUCCAUGAACUGCCUGUCUAAAUGUUUAAACAUCAACAUAGUUUUUAUUCUGCCCAGAGUUUUUAUAAAAUGUUCAGUGUUUCCCUUUCAUUUUGUUUCAUUUCAAUACAUUAAUUACUGCUGCUUUCUGUAAGUUGCCAUGUCAAGAUUUUUAUAGUUUAACAUUAAAUUCUUAUUUAUUUAAACCUACAGUAUAAUUAAUUUCUUUAAAUGCUGAAAGAAAUGUGUGACAUUAUUUAAAGAACAUUCAACCUAACAUAUUACCAUAUUUCAAGAUGCAGCAUGAAGUAUGUAUCAUACAGACAUCAAUGACAUCUGAAAAUUACAUAAUUUUAAGGAUUGUAAUCAUGAGAACCUCAUGUAACCUUUAUACUGUGUUUAUAAGUAUUAUUAUACAUAUAUAUUUUAUAAUGUUUUACAUUGCAUGCCCUUUGUAAUCUUUCUGUUUGUAGAUGUAAUUAUAUAUAAUUUUAUCAUUUUCUAUUUUUGUAUAGAUUUUGUAUGUCACUGUACAUUGUGUGUAAAUACACAUAACAACUAUUUCCUUGUCAUUUAAAACAUGAGAACUAAAAACAUGCUUGUUUUUAUUCAUAUAUCUUGAUUGUUUCAUACAGUAGUCUGCUGUUGAUGGUAAAAUAUUUUAGUACAGACAUACAUUUGUAUCAAAUCUUUAUUAUUACCAUGUUAGACACUAAGAUAUUGUGUUGUGAAGUCUGUUGUGGCACAUACAGUACAUUUCUUGCAAGUUAUUAUUGCAAGUGUUUUGGAAUUGCUGUUUUUCCUACAAUUUACAUUAAAUAUGUGACUCUGUGGUUGUUUACCUGGGUGAAGGAGCCAACCUGAUAUUGAGAGGUAUUAUGUUCAUUAUCAGAAUCAGUGUGCUACUCCUGUAUGUCAGCCUUGGCAUAGAUCUUCUGUAGUCUAAACAAGGCUGGUUGAUGCAUCUAACGGUCAGAAUACUGUAAACAUACCAAGGAUUUGCCCUUGACAUAAAUCCUAUAUAGUCUAUCAUCAUGCAAGCAUGAUUGAAUUUAGUCAUGUCAUUAUGUGUCACCUGAUUCCGUUAUGUUUGUGCUUGCUGCAAGUAUUUUCUUUUACUGUGUUCAGCAGUCUUGCGAAACAGGGUCUUACGAACCAACCAAUUAUAAGCUCUUAUAGUAAAUGCGUUACCAGAAUGCGUAAUAUGCAGUCUUUCUGCAGAGGUGAAGUGCCUUAAUGAGAAAGAUUUCACUAAGAUAUUUCACUGGAAAUAUCAAAUAUUCUGUGACAAACACAUGGUAUACAUAUGAAAAGCCAGCAUGACAUGCUGGUCACCAUUUUCCACUCAGACACAUUAGAUAUAGCAGAAAUAGACAAAGCAAUAAAUAAUUCAACCAAAUUACAAUCAGCUUUUAUGCAAGAUAACACUAAAGGCACUUUUUCAGUAACUUAUUUCUUUCCACCCUUCCAUACAGGCCAGUGUUAUGCAGGGUCAACCAUUGAUAUGGUACACAAUUACUUGUCUUUUAAAUCUCCUGGUUUUAGCGUUUCAUUUUGAGAGAUUGGUAAUUUUAUUCUCAGUGCAUGGGUUGUUUGAUGCAUGUUCCACUUCCUGAUUAUUGAUUUAACUAUGCUCACUGGGAUAUCCAAAAAUGUAUUGUGUACCCUUUUCCUAAUGUAUGCAUUUAUAUUACUUCUAACAUAUUUAGAUUUAAUGGGUCUUUUAUCCAGAAAAUGUGACAGAAACUUUUAAUGGUUCACAAGUACAAUGCACCAGUAAGGUUGUAGGUUCAUCUGUGUAAACUGGGAGCUUCCACAGAACAGGGGUUUUAUACUUAAGUAACCAACAUAUUUCAGUAAUUUUUUUCAGUAAUGUUUUCUAUUUUCCUACAUGAAACAAAUGUCACCUUACAAUUAUUAUUACAGUUUACUUUUUCAAAAUAAAAUAUCA